CGAAAUGUCAUGGAACAAAAAUGUAGUCAAAUACUACUAAAAGUGAUAAGAAAUCCGAGUAAGAACCAUUAAUGGAAAGUUCCAGUGAAGCGAAACAAAGAAUUCCAGUGCGCCUGUAUUUUUUCACUGUCUUCGCUUCCAUUGGAGGUUUUCUGGUGGGAUACAACUUCUCGAUCGUUUCUGGGGCAAUGAUCCUUAUAAGGGAAGAGUUUCAUUUGUCGUCAUUUUGGCAAGAGCUCAUCGUAAGUGUCGCAAUAGGUACAGCCAUCAUAGGAGCCUCGCUCGGAGGAUUUCUGAAUCAACGACUUGGGAGAAAACCAAUGCUUUUAGCUUGUGCAUUAGUGUUUACGAUAGGAGCAGUGGUCGAGGCAAUUGCUGCAUCGAGAAAUGGUUUACUCGUUGGUAGGCUUAUUGUCGGUCUUGGAAUAGGAGGGGUGUCUAUUACGGCCCCGGUAUUUAUUUCUGAAAUUGCGCCAUGGCGUAUAAGAGGUCGUCUAGUCACCGUCUACUGUGUAUUUUUUGUGGGAGCUGAACUUGUCGCUGCCAUUAUUGACGUCAUUUUUAGCCCUUACAAAAAGACAGGAUGGAGAUUCAUGUUUGGUUUAGCUGCAGUCCCGUCAUCCAUCAUGUUCUUGGGCUGUCUGUGGCUUCCAGAAAGUCCCAGUUGGCUUGUCAGCAGGGGCGCCUGUGAAGAUGCAAGGGAAGUUCUUGUAAGACUUAGAGGAACCACAGAUGUGAACGAAGAGUUGCAAUCUAUACUGGCCGUUUGUAAAGAACGAGAAUCCUAUGAUAAGAAAAGCAGAUUUCAUAAGAUAUUGACCACUUCGAGUACAAGGAAAGCUCUUUUGGUUGGUUGCAUGUUGAUAUCAAUGCAAGAGCUGUCUGGGAUUAAUGUUGUUAUGUUUUACAGUACAACUAUCAUACAGAUGUCGGGCGUGCAGGAAGACCAACUCGCCCUCUGGCUGGCUGUGGUGGUCUAUUUUACUGGUUUCGCUUUCACUUUCGUUGGAUUGUAUCUGGUAGAAAAACUAGGACGCCGUAAGCUACUAUUAGGAAGUCUUGCUGGGGUCAUUCUUUGUUUGUCUCUACUGGGUGGUGCAUUUUACUUGGCGAAGCAACACGAUGCUGCCAUAACUUUUAUCGAGAGAGUGCCUUCUAAUAUCAGCAACAGUUGUCCUGACACCGGAUAUUGCUUGGAUUGCCUUGGAGUCGGAGAAAAAUGUGGAUUUUGUUACGCUAAAGACUCAGCUAAUAAUCCUAUGAGUGGCUCGUGUGUUCCAAUUAAUGUAUCUUCUAAUGUCAACAUGGCCGCGUUUGGAAGAUGCGGUCGCAAUGAUCAUACAGUCACAUGGUCGUACCAAGCGUGUCCAUUUCAGUAUGCCUGGUUAGCAACCGUAGCCCUUGUUUUAUAUAUCGCUGCGAUCGCUCCAGGGAUGGGGCCACUGCCGUGGACGAUAAACUCUGAGAUAUACCCUCUGUGGGCCCGUAGCACAGCAUAUGGGUUUGCUUCAGCAGUAAAAUGGACUUGUAAUGGGUUGCUUUCGAUGACUUUUCUCUCUCUAACUGAAUGGAUUACCAGUUUUGGUGUGUUCUGGCUGUACGGAGGAAUUUCACUUCUAGGGUGGCUGUUUUUCUAUGCUUAUCUUCCUGAGACGAAGGAUAAAUCGCCCGAGGAAUUGGAAUAUUUGUUUUCAUAGCAUGUAAUGAUAAUAUCGUGA